AUAUCAAAUAAAUUAAAUAUUAUUUCUUAUAUAUCUUUUAAAAGAAGAAAUAUAUUUAUAACUGUAUAUAAAACAACAAAUGAUAUAUUUAAAAAUAAUAUAAAAUUUAUUAAAGUUUUAUACUCAUCUUCAUGUGGUUCAAAAUCAUUUAUAAAUUCAAAUAAACUUUGUAACGAUUCAAUAAAGUUAUUAUUAUUUAAAUUUAUAUUUUUUUUGAUAAAAAAUAAAUUAUAUAAUAUAAGUUUAAUAAUUGAAGGAAAAAAUUAUUUUAGUAAAAAAAUAAUAGAAUAUCUUUUUAAAAUUAAAAAAAUUGAUAGUAAAUUUAAAAUAGAUUAUUUUAAUAAUUAUUUUAAGUUUUCUUAUAAUGGAUGUAGAGUUAAAAAACGUAGAUAUUUAUAA